UAAAAAACAGAAUAUAUAUGCUCACUUUUAUAGCAUAUUAUAUGCAAAAAUAAUUUAAUAUAUGCAGAAAAAAUAUAAUUCAAUUUUUAUUUUAUUUUUUGGCUUUUAAGUUUUAUUCUAACAAAGUAUACGAGUCCACACAUAAGGAAUAAAUUAAAUUUAAAUUUAAAUUAAAAUAAUUUUAUUUUUGUUUUUAACAGCGACACUCAAUCCAAGAAACAACUACGUUCUCGUUUAGUUUCGGUUUUGUCUUCUGGGUUUCCACUGGUGGUGUUAUAUGAUGAGUGUGUGUGUGUUUCCUCAUCCAGCAGCAGCAGCAGAGGCAGAGGAAGGAACCGUGUUGUGUUUCUUUCUUCCGUGCUUUUUCUUUUUCUGUGUUUAUUCCAGCAACGGGUUGAACUUUGGUCUGAUCCAUGUUGUUGUUUUAUUGAAGCGGAAGCACAAGAAGCGAAGCUGUGAGUUUCUGUGGAGCUGCUGGAAGAAGAAGCGAAACUUUACAGACAGAUCAUCGACCUCACAUGUCCUAUAAAUAGGAGUCAAACAAGUUGCACAUACUAUGUCAUUAUAUUAAUAAUAAGGAGACACUACAUGUACUUGUUUACCAGUAUGUUCGACUUUUGACGGCGAUUUAAGAACGAGGGAUGGACGAGGAGAGAAGUGAUGGAGGUGGAGGAGAACCAGAGGUGGAGGAUGAGAUGGCGUGUGCCGGGAUGCUGCGGGCAUCUCUGAUCUCCCUGCACGCCACCGUGGAGCGGAUAUUCAGGGUGACGUUCGGGAUCGGGGCGGAUGAUUUGUCUCCGAGCAACAACGGGCAGAUAUGGCUGAAACUACGAGGGCAGAGCAACAACGUGAAAACUGCCAAAUUAUUCGUGAAAGGAUUUGUGAACCAGGAGGAGCAGCAGGAGGUUUCUUAUCCCGGGGUUCUUCACUGCAUCUUCUGCGGAGCCAGAGGGCUGUUCAUGGACUGCCUGACAAGAAACACCUCGGCGCAUAUAAUGGUUGGCUCUACAGGAUCCCUGCUUAUAUCCGGUCUUGCCGAGCCGGUGGUGCGAGCCUACUCCCUUAUUACAGACCUGGUGGAGAGGUAUGAGGGCACACAGUCCAGACGCCCUGAAGCUGGAGACAGAGGCCCCGGCGAGUCUCUGGAUUCACGCCGAGCGUUCAAAACUCUGGUGGAGAAAUGGGAGGACAAGCACAUCCUGGAUCUGCUGGUGCUGCCGGGGUCAGUGAAGGAAAUCCUGCUGGAUUUGGUGAAAGAAUCGGGGCUCGGAUCAAGCCCCAGCGUGGCGCUGACAGACGGAAAUGCAGGGGUAACAAGGUCACAUGAGGAAUCGGAGGUUAGAUGGGACAAACCCUCCGCCAUUACGUACACACUUCCUGAGCCCUUAAGGACUGGUGAUCGGUGGGUUGAAGGGAUGACUGCAGGUUCAGGGAAAGACUCUGCAGCCAAGGACUCCUUAUUUCAGUUUUUAUCCACGUCUGCAAGCGCCCGAGGGCGGGCAGAGGGUGCUGAGGAAAGACUCAUGCAUUCUCCACAGGAGGUGGGAGAAGAGGAGCAGGCGGCAGCGUUAGUUACCGAGGCGAAAGAGGGACGGGGCGAGGAUGAAGAGCAGGAGCUGCAGUUGUCGGUGGGAAACAAGGAGUUUUGGCUUCUUUUGAAGUUCUUCACAGCCAUGGGGUACACGGAGGACGUCGUGAAACGGGUCCUCGACCGAACGGGGGCUAAAGAGGCCUCGCAGAUACUGGACGUGGUUCAGCAGGAGCAGGAUCGCAGCGACCGGGAGCAGGCCGAGAAAAAUCAAGAGAGAGGAGGAGGAGAGAGGAACCGACCUUGCGAGACGGAGCACAGAGAAGACGUAGAAAUGGAAGUAGAAGGAAACGAGGUGAUGAGUAGUAACGGAGAGGUGGGAGACGUUCGCGAGGGAGACGGAGCGACGAAGGGAAAAGGUAGCGCCGAGGAAAAAGAGGAAGGACACGAGGAAGACUUUGUCCUGGGAGUGGUGAAGAAAGCGGCAGCCAGCUGCGGGUACAUGGAGCAGAAAGUGGCCAAAGUCUACAACAUGUUGCCCGAUCGAUCCACUCACCAGCUGCUCCUGGAGCUGCAGAGAGAGGGGAGCGAAGAGACGGACGCCUUUAGGGACGAGCCCAGAGAGAUGGAUGAUGUGGUGCUGGAGAAAGAGGGAGCAAAAGUUGCACCAUCUGAGGACAAAACAAGAGAAAUUGCAGUAAAGAGAAAAUCCGAUGAUAAAAGACGGGUAGAAGUGCCAAAUCUAACUGUAUCUGAGUUCAUUAAAUUCCAUAAACUCACAAACUCACACCAAGUCGUCCUUCCUGAAGUCAAAGGGCCACCCAUGCCGACUUAUCCCCCAGCCCUAGAUUCACCACUCACCAAUUUCCCAUCCAACAAACAAUAUGGCCAAACCAUCACCUGGCCCAAUCCAUCCACCUCCAAACAAAACCAUCCGACCCAAGACAACGCCUUAAAGCCAAAGCCCCAGUCUUCUGUCGUUUUAAAACAAGCGCUCCAAGCCCCUCAAUUCCCCGUCUUCACGAGGAACGACUUGUCUCCCACCAAAGCGAGGGAAAGGCGGGGCUUCAUGGCCGCUUCUUCGGUGGUGGUGACGGGCGAGCAGCGUUUCAUGGAAGGCCUGCAGAUGCCCUUCGACCUCCAGCUAACAGACAAACCUGGCAACCAGAAAGUGAGGACGAUCAUCAUUGACGGGAGCAACGUGGCCAUGAGUCACGGGUUGGGUCACUUCUUCUCCUGUCGAGGAAUCGCUCUGGCCGUCCAGCACUUUUGGGACCGAGGUCAUCGUCACAUCAGCGCCUUGCUGCCACAGUGGAGACAGAAGAGCGACCCCAAGAUCAAAGAGCAGCACUAUCUGACGGAGCUGCAGAAGCUGGGCCUGCUCUCCUACACGCCCUCCAGAGAGGUGCAGGGCAAGAGGAUCAGCUCCUAUGAUGACAGACUUAUGCUGCAGCUUGCACAGAAGACAGACGGAGUGAUCGUAACCAACGACAACCUGAGAGACCUUAUAGACGAGUCCCUCGUAUGGAGGGACAUCAUCAAAAAGAGACUUCUUCAGUACACGUUUGUCGGGGAUCUCUUCAUGGUGCCGGAUGACCCUCUGGGCCGAGGAGGGCCACACCUGGAUGACUUCCUACGCACAGAGCACAGGACUCCCGGCCCAGGAAACCACUCUUUUGCUGGCGUAGCCACCGCUUUCCCUUCCGUCAAACCUCCGCGCUCCCAAACAGAGGUCCUGAACUUCCGCGACCGAACACUGGGUGGAGGUAUCCAGAGUAAAGGGAGGGGACGUGGGAAGGGAUGGGACACGGGACACCAGCAGAGGCAGCUGGGAGCUUCGAGACUGGAGUUCAGUGCAGAGAGGAGCCCAGAGGACACAGCCGUCCUCAGAGAGCAGCUCUGUCAGGUUUUCCCGGGUCAGGAUAACAUGGUGGCGCUGGUGCUGCAGUGCCACCCGGCAGAGACGGACAUGAAUGUGCUGUCUGAUCUGAUCUUGGAGCUGUAGAAGGACUAGACAUCUUUUAGUCUUAGUGUUUUCCCCGGGUUGAUUCAGACUUUUUCCCACCAAAAGCAGCUACAACAAAUCACAUCAUCAUUGGUCUGCUUUAGCAAGGGUUUUUAUGAAAAUGUGCCGUUUCCCUUCACAUUUUAAAAGUAUUUUUAGACCUGUCAAGCAGGGUGGGACUAGUUUUCCCUAAAACAAGAGACCAGAUAUUGUACCAAACAUGAAACAUGUGUAAAUUUCUUGAUGUUGAAGCUGGAACCGGACCAGCUUUGUCAAACUUUCCAGUAGCAGCCUCUAUUUCACCACUUUUGUCUGCAGUAUCCAAAGCAACCUUGUCUCCUCCUCAUCCUCCAGUGGCCUCAACUCAUCGUCCCCCAUCUACCUCACCUCCACUUUCUCUUCUUUCUCCCUUAGUAUCCUUCAAUAUGUCGAUCCUAUUUCUAUCCCAAAGGACUAAAUUGGAUAAUAAAUUAGGCUACAAAAGGACAGGCGGAAGGAGAUCACUGAAGAACAAAUGGAUUAGGGAUACUGUAGGGAUCGCAGUGGCGUUCCUUCAGUUGGUCGCUUGGUCGGUUGGUCGGUAUUUAUUUAAUGGAUUACCAUGAAAUUUUGUAAAGAUAUUCAUGUUCCCAAGAGGAUGAAUCCUAAUGACUUUGAUGAUCCCGACUUUUCCUCUAGCGCCACAAUCCGUACUUUGAAUUAUGACCAAAUACUUUCAAAACGAAUGACAUUCCUAUCAGCCUCAGCUGUACUUAUCAAAGAAAAUGCUAGCAUUCUAACGGGCGAAACUAACAUUGUGAACAUGGUAAACUAGUUGUCAUUUUCAUGCCCAGCGCCCAAAUUGUGUAAGUAGUAAAUGCACUUGCGCCCAUCUGUGCAACCAUGAGGGUCUUUAAAUGAGGUGUGAUCAGGUGCUUUGUUGAUGCAUUGUUAUCUUGAGGCAGCAGAAAGCGAUUGCGCUGUUGACCAACAAAAACCUGGUAUAAAGUCUGGCGCGGUAUUUUCCUGCUAUUUAAAAGAAGCAUUAUUCAGAUAGUAAGAUGCGCCUACAUAGGCAGGUUCACAACACGCGUACACUCAGGAGCGCUCUUCCUCUUCAGUUAAAUACAGUGUCGGCACUAGAACGCUUUUAUUUAUGUUAAGGAAAACACAAAGUUCAGGCAGCAGGUGACAAAUCAAAAUAUAAUGGAAUAUAAUGAAGUAAUGCUCUCAAUCAUUCCAUGUGAUCAACCUGCAGCGCGCUCUCAGCGCUCCUCCGAUUACUGCCGUGACCAGAGAGAUCACAGUGCACCAACGCCUCUGUGGCGUCUCCUCUCAUCAUCCGUCUGUGUGUAGACGUAGGCUACUUCAGAGCUAACGGAUCCUCUCCCCCUAAACGGCCCUUAGUCUCUUAGACUCUUAGUCUUGUUUAAUGUCUUUAAAACAUGACCAAUGAGUAAUGACGCCUCAUUAGGUGACUGCACACCUCUCGUGUGUUUUUAUGCUUCACCGCCGGAGACGGCCAUGGUCCAGAGGCAGUAUGUUUUCUCGUUGUCCGUCUGUCCAUCCAUCCGUAUGUCCGUCAGUACCAUUUUCGUGAACGUGAUGUUUCAGGAACACCUUGAUGGAAUUUCUUCAAUUUUGGCACAAACGUCCACUUGGACUUGAGAAUGACCUGAAUAGAUUUUGGGGGUCGAAGGUCAAAAUUCAAGUUCACUUCGUCCUCACAAAACCAUUGGCCAUAACUCAAGAAUCCAUCUGCUAAUUCAUCGUGCAGCCACGUUAUCGUUAGAACCAGCACCUACUCUACUGUAGGAUUUGCAUUUUGAGCAACUGGAUUAAAUGAGCCAUUUUUUAGGAGAGGAUUACUGUCUUUUAGAAAAGUCGUUUUUCGAACAAGAGCAAUAUAGAAAACCUUUUUUGUUCUGUUGUUAUUCUGAAUUUAAUGUAACCUGCUAAACUUCAUGUCUUAUAGCUUCCUAUUGCAGACAAUAAGUUGUGAGAGGCACAUGGUGUAAUGCGGAGUAUAGUUGUGGCUAGUUGUUGUAUCACCAGCUGUGGGGAUGGAUGUAAUUUUUGCAACGCUAGAAUAAUACUAAACCUGUCCUCAAUAUUCUGUACACUUAAUUUUAUAUUUUUAACUUAUUUUAAGCAAUUGUGAUGUCGUCAUGAUCGUAGCUUUGAGCCUAAGAUCAUACAGAGAGUGGCUGGAUGUGCUUCAGGAGGGGAGAUCAAACCAAAAGAUGAUAGCAAGUGAAGUUUUCAUCAAUCUCUCUUGUGACCGAAGUUCAGAUCCUCACUCCGAUCACUCAAAGGCAAUUUUUAACACAGUUUUUGUUUAUAUAUAUAUGUACAUUUUAAAAGGUAACUUUGGUAUUUUCCAACCUUUUCCAUGUGUUUGUGUCUAAGUGACUAAUGGGGACAACAAUUUCUGAAAUUGUUCCAGUAUUGAGGGAGAACGCCGCGGACAGCAGCCACUAAACGGGCUGUAAUGUAAUCGCUCAGGGCAACUCUUCACCGUCAAUGUACGUUCACUAUAAGUACUUGUUUUUGUCACGACAGGCUCAGAUUGUUAUUAUAAGUGUCUGACAACAUUAUGGAAAGGACCCUACAGGGAAAUAAAGCAUUCUUCAGUUUCAUGACGCAAUAAUAAACAGAUCGGAUCAAGUGAAAGGUAAAGAAAAACUUUUAAUUUCUCUGUAGGAUCCUUUCCAUAAUGUGGUCAGACACUUACAAUAACAAUCUGAGACGUACAAGUGGACGUACAAUGACGGUACCAAGUUGCGCCAAAUGAUUACAUUGCAGCCCAUUUAGCUGCUGGCAGUUACAGCGUUUGACCUCAAUGAUGGACCAAUUUCAGAAAUUGCUAAGUAAUUGCAUUACUUAGACACUUAGACACAAAAACAUGGGAAAAUAAUGUCCGGGUUGAAAAAUACGGAAGUUACCCUUUAAGACCUUAAUGCAGAAUUCUGCCUAUUUUUCUGUAUUAUAAAAUGUUUCUUCAUUCAAAGGAUUAAAAAAAAUCAAAGUUACUGUCGGUCUUUAAAGUGUUUCUAUGGUA